AUGAGAUUGAAAAUAUGGAACUUAUUUGUUGUAGCGGCAUGUAUAAUCGUACUAGGAACACAUGAUGUUGACAGUUUGUUCGAUAAUAUUUGUACAUCUACCGGUGUUGAUAGUAUAGCAUCGCUCAAAAAUAUAAGAAAUGAUGGAAUAAGUCUUGAAAUUCGAGACUUUGAUCCAACAGGAUAUAUAAUAUUUAAAGUUGACGCAGGGGAUGAACAAAUUAUAAAUAUUGCUUUGUGGGGAGAAGUGAUGAUGGCUAAAGGUGAACUGCAUGUUGGAACUUUAGAACCAAUUGUUGGUCACGCAUAUGUUCAUGGUUGUGAUGGAUAUCCUCAAUCAACGAUUACCAAUUAUUAUGAAUUUGAAAACAAAUCACAAAUAACAUAUGAAUGGAUUGCGCCAAAUACGACAACAAUUUCCAAGAAAGAUACUCAAAAUCAAUCGAAAAGAGGACUAUCACAUAAGCAAUCUCAUAAAUGCUCUACCCCAAACCAUCAUCAUCACCAUCAUGGUAAAGGAUGUAAAGAAUGUAAAGAAUGUUCCCUAAAACAUCAUAAACACUGUAUUUCAGAUCAUGACCAUAAAAAACACAACCAUCACAAUCAUAAAAAACAUAACCAUAAUAAUCAUAAACAUAACCAUCAUAAACAUAAAAAACACAACCAUCAUAAUCAUCACGGUCAUAAAACUCAUCACAAAUCACAUGAUACUGGCAGGAAAAAAGCGUCAAAACAAACGGGUGAUAAAAGUCGUCAUGAAGUCACACAGUCUAAAAGCGAUACGAAUACAUCAUUACCAUAUUCUGUAGAAGACAGUGGUGUAAACCCAUCGAAUUUCAGUGGUAGUUUACCAUCAACUCCGUUCUAUUUUAAAGGUAUUGCGAUCUUUGCAAGUAAUCCGACCCAGGCUAUUGUUUUUUCUUCAGACACGAUGUAUAUUAAUGGGAAUAUUCCGGUGGAUUAUGAUUCGUCGGAUUUCGACACCCCUAAUAAUGACAAUAAUCCUGUAUCUAGUUCUGCUGCUUCUUUUAAUAAUUUUAAAAUUUUUGAUAUUAAUUUAGCAUUACUUGUAUUACUCACGGGGUUUUCUUCAAUAAUUCUGUUUUGA